UUUAAAAGUAGUUUUUAAGUACUUUAAAUGUAUGCGAUUGCGAAGGCUGUCCCAGACUAUUUGCAUGCACUCGAUGCAGAAAUAUUAAUCAGCCUUAAUUAAAUGGUUAACAUUGAGAUCAACCCGUUUUCGAUGCAGCAUCAAACUGGCUUUUGCAUGGUGCAAUGAAAUGAAUGGGUUUCAUAGUGCAGUGCUUUCCGUGUCCGGUGUGAAAGCUGCUUCGCUCUGUGCAGAGGCUGCAGCUGGAGGGAGAGUGAAACCAGUGUACUGAAUACUGCUGGGCAGAGUGGCACAACACAACCUUUAUCUACUUAUAUGUUUGGCUGUAUUUUCUUUAAGAACUCCCAUAAAAGCUUGAGUCUUCUACCAGCUGAGUAUCAAGUCUAUUGAAAAAUGUGCUUGCAAACCCCGUCAGCUGCCACCUUUAUACUAAUGCAUGCAGCACGAUGAUUUCAAGACAAUUUAUGAGUAUCAAAUGAGGUGAUUGUGUCCAGAAUAUUUGGUACAUGUGCCAAAUAUUUGAAUAAACAUGUGCCACUGCAUCCCAAACAGCUCAAAUAAAUAGACAACAAUAUAACUGAAGUAAUCUCCAUUGAGUGAGAGCGUCUAUCCUCAUCUUUAAACGGAACUGUCACAUUGAUGACGCAAGUGUGCUCGAACUCGGAAAGUAAAAAUGUGACUGUGGGAGAUGAUCACACCUAAGCUCAGUUCAAGGCAAAUGUGCCAAGUAUGUGAUGUUGAAGCAGAAGAGUGAAGAGCUGAGUGAAGAUCAGGAGAAACAUCAUGUCAAAAGUGAAAGUGAAACUCACAUAAAGAGCGAACAAACAGGUUUCACCUGCACUCAGUGUGGAAAGAGUUUUGAGCAUAAAGGCAAUCUCAAGCUUCACAUGCUGAUCCACACUGGAGAGAAAACACACAGAUGUGAUCAGUGCGGUAAAAAGUUUUUGAGGACUUCAGAUCUGAAGGUCCAUGUUCGAGUUCAUACAAAGGAGAAGCCUUAUUCAUGUUCAGAGUGUGGAAAGAGGUUUACUCAGCAGUCACAUUUUAAAGGACAUCAGAAGAUCCACACGGGUGUAAAAAAGCAUGUGUGCUUUGAGUGUGAGAAGAGUUUUAUUACAGCUGGAGAAUUGAAAAAACACCAGAGGAUUCACACUGGAGAGAAACCGUACACAUGUACUCAGUGUGGGAGGAGUUUCACACAAUCAUCACAUCUUCAUCAACACACGAUGAUCCACACUGGAGAGAAACCGCACAAAUGUGAUCAGUGCAGCAAAGUAUUUUUGAGAGCUUCAGAGCUGAGGAUCCAUCUUGGAUUUCAUACGAAGGAGAAGCCUUAUUCGUGUUCUGAGUGUGGAAAGAGCUUUACACAGCAGUCACAUUUUAAAGCGCAUCAGCAGAUCCACACUGGUGUGAGAAAGUUUGUGUGCUUUGAGUGUGGGAAGCGUUUUAUCAGAGCUGAACACUUGAAACGACACCAGAUGAUUCACACUGGAGAGAAACCUUACGUGUGUUCACACUGCAACCAAACAUUCCGAAAUUCAGCACAUCUGAAAACACACGAGGGCAUUCACACUGGAGAGAAACCCUUCACAUGUACUCAGUGUGGGAAGAGCUUCAGACGUUCAACGUGUCUUAAUCGACACAUGAUGAGAAACCACACUAAUGUGAUCAGUGAGGCUAAACAUAUUUGAGUGCAGCUUCAGAUCUGAAGAACCAUCUUUGGUUUCAUUUAGAGAAGCGCUGUCACCUUACAGCAAGAAGGUCACCAGUUCGAGUCUGGGUCAGUUGGCAUUUCUCUGUGGAGUGUGCAUGUUCUCCCUGUGUUGACGUGAGUUUCCUCCGGGUGCUCCUGUUUCCCCCACAGUCCAAAGACAUGCGCUAUAGGAGAAUUGGAUGAACUAAAUUGGCCGUAGUGUAUGAGUGUGUGUGAAUAUGAGUGUGUAUAGAUGUUUCCCAGUGCUGGGUUGCAGCUGGAAGGGCAUCCGCUGCGUAAAACAUAUGCUGGAUAAGUUGGUGGUUCAUUCCCCUGUGGCGACUUAUGAAUCAAGUGGACUAAAGGCUGAUUAAUACCUGUGCUUCAAGCACACGCAUAUGCUCCAGCGUAAAAUGUAACUACAUGUCGCUACGAUGCGUAACGCAAGCUCUGUGAUUGGUCGGCUUGGUAGCUGAUGAGUGUGGAGUGUGGGCGGGACCGAGAGACGCGCAAACCCGUUGGAGCGAGUGUUUACAAGUGUCGAGUCCUGUGAAGGAGCUCCAGAUGGAAACUGUUGUUUUGUGUUUACCUUGUGAUUAAAGUUGUUGCACGUCUGCCGGUUCCCGGCUCAGAAUGAGCGAGUUUGAGCUACUUGUACAUUAAGCAGGGCUUAAUUUGUGCCGAAAAUGCUAUAUCCGGCACCUCUGAAAUCUGAUCCGGCACCUCAUUUUACCGAUCCCCCUUCUCAACCACCCUCCUCCCCCGUCCACUAUUAACUUUCGCUUUCUUCCGCGACUCCCCAACCCUCUUCACAAAACCACCCCCCACCCCCGCUGUUCACUUUUGUGACAACUCUACAUCCUCGGGUAACAAGCUGGAUCCCCGAUCUGUUCCGGGACCUUUUAAUUCACAAAUUAAGCACUGACAUUAAGGUAGCGUUCAGAAAAAAGCAAAACACCAGCAAAGAAACUCGACACAGAGGAACAUAACCUACUGCAGGCUAGUGUUUCAGAAGUGUUAAUGCAGAGCAACACAAACAGCAUGCAGAAGUAUAAAUGCACAGCUACGCACAAGGCAUGCGCUAUGGGUCACGCCAAUCACUCGACGCAGAAGUAUAAACCCGGCUUAAGCCGAAGGGAAACGAAUGAAAGUUUCAUCAUUAACUCCUCCUCCACUGAUUUGAGUGUCUUUUUUUUCUCUGUUGUACACAAAUUAUUAAAAGAAAAAUACUGGAAACCUGUAACCAUUGACCUCUAUAGUAUUUGUUUUUUCUUCUAUGGAAGUGAUUGCAGGUUUCGACCCUUUUUCAAAACAUUUAAAAACAAAAACAUGUUUAUACUCAAUGCUAGUAAGAAGUUAACUGUGGAUAUUCACCAGUUUUCAUCAUUGAUUGUAAAUUAAUGUAUUUCCUCAACAUUCUACACACAAUCCCCCCUAAUGCAAUGUGAAAGAGUUUUUGAAAUUGCUGCAAAUUUAUUAAAAAUAAAAAAGCUGAAGAAUCACAUGUACAUCAGUAUUGACGGCCUUUGGCGUGAAGCUCUAAAUUGAGCUCAGGUACAUUGUUUCCACUGAUCAUUCUUGAGAUGUACCAGCAGCUUCAUUGCUGAAGGUAAGUAUAGUUGUCAUGAGUAAUUUCCUGAUUUAUAAAAAAGCUACAAAUAUUGUAUCAGAAAGGCGUGCGGAGGAAAUGUCUGUUGCUGUAAAUGAGGUAAACGGAAA